AUGUUGGGCGGGACCGAGAGGCCAUCAACAGAGGGAACUGUCACAGAUGGGAUCGAGACUGCCGGCAACGACAGCGAAGGGAUCGAGAGAUCUGGCAGUGUAAUGGACGGCACGUCGAGCGACGGCACAGCCAAAGACGGGAGUGAGAAUGAGGGGAGUGAGAGAUCUGGCAGUGUGAUAGAUGGCACAGCCAGAGACGGGAGUGAAAGUGAGGGGAUUGCAAGAGACGGCACAGCCAGGGACGGAAUCGAAAGUGCUGGCAAUGACAGCGACGGGAUUGAUGGAAUACUGAUUGAUGGGACCUCUAGGGAUGGGAUCGACAGAGCUGGCAGCGUAAUUGACGGAAUGUCCAAAGAUGGGAUUGAGAGUGGCGGCACCGCCGGGAUUGAGAGUGACGGGACUGCCAACGACGGCAGCGUCAGAGAUGGCACUGACAGAUCCGGAAGUGUAAUCGACGGCACCGCCAAAGAUGGCACCGAAAGCGCCGGAAGUCCAAUCGACGGCACCGCCAGAGAGGGCACUGCAAGGGAUGGAAUCGAAGGAACGCCGGUUGAAGGCAGCGUCAGAGAUGGCACUGACAAAUCCGGAAGUGUAAUCGACGGCACCGCUAAAGAAGGUAACGAGAGGGACGGAAUGGCUGGAGUGUCAAUAGACGGGAUUGCCAAUGACGGCACAGAAAGCGCCGGAAGUGCAAUUGAGGGGACACCUGGGACUGAAAGAGAGGGAAUUGCCAACGACGGUACGGCUAGAGAUGGGGCUGAGAGAUUGGGCACAGCCAAUGAUGGAAUCGUGGGUGGCAGCAGCGCAAUUGAGGGGUCUGCCGGGUUUGGAAGAGAGGGAACUGCAAGCGACGGGAUAGAGAGAGGGGGAAGAUCAAUAGAUGGGACCGCUACUGACGAUGGGGCUUGGAGAGAUGGUACUGCGAUGGAUGGUAUCGAGAGAGAGGGAACCGCCAAGGAGGGGAUCGAGAGUGACGGGACUCCCAGAGAUGGCAAGGCGAUAGAUGGCACUGCGCCUGAUGGCACCGCCAAAGACGGCCCGGCCAGCGAGGGGAUCGAGAAUGGGACUGAGAGCGACGGGACUGCCAGAGAUGGCGCUGCAAUAGAAGGAAUUGAGAGUGACGGGAUUGCAACCGAAGGAACAGCCAAUGACGGCAGUGAAAGUGACGGGACUGCUACAGACGGGACUGCCACAGACGGAACCGAGAGAGCAGGCAGCCCGAGAGAUGGAAUCGAGAGUGACGGGACUGCCAGAGACGGGACCAAGAGCGGCGCCGCGGAUCUCGAACUAGACGAUGGGCUCGAACUAGACGAGGCCCUCGAAGUGGACGACGAUGCGAGGGACGGCAGCGCCAGGCUGGGCACCGCAAUGGUGGGAACUGAGACCGCAAUCUGCGGGAUGUUGACUGCCGGCGGCGCGAUCGUGAUGGGCUUGAACGUGAUGGCCGUGCUGCUGGCGAGCACGAGGUUGAGCGGCACCGCCAGCACGACGGUCGCCGGCACCGAGGCCAGGGCCGCAAUGACGCUGCGUGAGAGCAUCUUGGACGAUUGA